CUGCGAGUUGAGUUGCGGCAGUGAGUGUGAGCAGACGUGUGUCGUGCGAAGGUUUGUUGGGAGUUCAACUUUACACAGAGUACAACAAAAAGGGACCAUCACUGAAAAGUGUUGAGCAUGACCGAGAAAGUUCCUGUGAAAUUGCGAUUUUCAUAUUGUCUUCAGUGUCAGCGCACCUACAACAGCGACAAGACCUGCGAGCACCUGGCCGAGAAGCCCAACAUGUCCUACACAUGCGAAUGCGGCGAGAAGUUCGACAUGUCAGUUUGUUCCACUGCGGCCCUUUAUGAGGUUCACGUCAAGAGCAACAAGUGCAGCAGGUGCGACCGCGUGUUUCCGUGCGAGGGCCACCUGAAGAAGCACCAAGAGACGGAGCCCGAUUGCAUCAAACCCAUUCAGCUCACCUGCAGCUCUUGCUAUCACAUUUUCCCCAAUUAUGAGAUGUACUUGAUGCACAAGGAAAGUGCGAAGUGUAUCUGCACUUUUUGUAACAAUAGUUUCGGAUGCGAGAUUAGAUUAGCCGAACAUGUUCGCCAGUUUCAUCCUAAUCCGGCUCAAAUUAAUAAUCAAACUCCGAAUCCACUUUCCUCAAUCAAGAGAAUGCUGGCGCCACUUCCGGCGGUUAGCACUUCUCAUAAAUGUUCCACGUGCAAGUACAGAUAUUUUUCAAUGGAAAAUUACCGAAAGCAUAUGGCAGAAAACAGAUUUUGUUCCGGCUGCAACAUAACGUUCGGUUGCAUCAACGAGCUGAGGGCCCACGAGAAACUCCAGCUCCCUUGUUCGGUCUGCAGCCAUCUUGUGCACAAAGGGCAGGAGCAGCACCACUUCGACCGGCCCUGUCCGAUCUGCAAAUAUCGCUUCAAGUGUGUGAAGCAGUUUGAGCAGCACUUUGCCAAGUACUGCGGCCAGGUGACCAAUUUCGCCUGCCGCUACUGCAAGCAAAGCGUCGGAAACUGGAAUGAUUUGCAGAAGCAUAUUUUGUACAAAAGGUGUGCGAACUGCGGCCAAGAAUGCGCCUGCCGGACCUUCCUCCAGCAGCACUACGAACAAAGUCACAGUCAAAUGCUCACCUGUGCAUAUUGCCGUUGGGAAAUCCCGGUGUCCGUGGCCCAGGACCACCUCCAGGUUGCACCCUGCGCAACGUGCGGUGAAGUUGUGAGCUGCAAAUUUCUGGUGGCCGGACACGUUUGCCGAAUCAACCCGCAGCUCGUUCAAAAUCCAGUGGCUUACCCUGAAAAACUUGGUCAGACGCAGGCGAGAAGCCACCCUUACUUAAGACCUGAACCUCCACCGCCGACUCAGCACCAACUUUGGCCUGCGCAGAAAGCGGCGCUGACCGGCUUGAUGAACUUCGACUGUCCGAUUUGUUCGGAAGUAUUUGACGGGCCUGCUGGCCUGGGAAUGCACGUCAAGGCGUGCCACCCUAAAGUACCGAGUAAACCUCCCGAACCGAGCCAACCUCAACAACCUCCCCCGGAAGCGGCCGAAACAAUCGACGUGGAGGAGGAAAUCGACAGGAAGUUUGAAGCAGAUAUUUUAACAGAUUUAUUCAUUAAGCCCGAGACCAACCCAGAUGUAAAAGUUGAGAUUAAAAAGGAGGAUGUCGAUGUUGAAAUAAUUGAGGAGGUGUGCACUUAUGUAAAUAUUCCAAUCAAUUAAUGAUUAAUUUUAUCUAAAAUAAUUUAUAAAAGAAAAAAAUAUGAUUGUCAUUUUUAUGUGGGCACAGAAGAAUUAAUGCACGUGUCUUUGAGGAGAGAAAUUUACCUAAAAUUUUAUAUAAUAUUUUUAUAUGUCAUGGAGUAUUCAAUGUGAACUUUUUAUCAAAUUGAACUUUUGUAAUAUAUUUAGGAAAUGUACUGUACAAAUUCAUUCAUUUAUUAAAACUCGCUGGACCUGAGCGCAGAGGAGUGCAGAUUUGUGGAUUCCCAGUUAUAAAAAUAAUGACUUUUUCUUCUAUUUUGUAUUGGUUUAUGUUAAAUUUAGAAUUUUUUAUUAUAUUAAUCUCUAAUAAAGCAAUAGAUUUAUAUGCUACAAAAAAUAUUAUACACACUAAAGAAGAGUGUGCAAGAAAACUGCCUUUGAUUUUGUUUGCAAUGUGAACUUAUAAAAUUGAACUUUUGUAACAAAAUAAAUGUAGCAAUUAAAGUGUGCAAAAAAAGAAACUCGCCCGUUUAACAUUUUUGAUAUGAAUAUCACAAAAACAAAAAUAUAUUUUUAAAUUUAUAAACCAGCAGAAUUUUUCUCCUAGGCUUAAUAAUUAUUUCAAGUCGAAUGACUUAAUUAUUUUAAUAAAUUACGAUGAAGUACACUAAUU